AUGGGCCGGCAAGGAUCAAUUAGGCUCCACAUAUGUAUUUCUGUUCUGCCAAUUUGGCAGUGGUUCACUGUUUUCUCCAGACUCCCCUCCUCGCACACAAACACCCCCCAAGAAUUGGGGCUGCUGGCAUCUGAGUCGCUCUCUCCGCUCAUCUCUUCUAGGAUCAGGUGCUUAAGGCACCUGUUCAGGUGCUGCCACAGGGUGGCCCCCCAGCAAGACCCAGAGCAGCCCGUGGAGCCAGGUUAGCAAGUGGCCCUCCUUUUUUGGACAGAGGAGGGCAGGGAUGGGCAUGGGGGGCAACUGGUCCAAGGAUGCAAAAGAGGACUCACCUCUUCCCAUGUCCUUCUGUUUGCAGUUCUGCUGCGGUUCCACAUCCCAGCCCCAGGGGUGAGGAUUGGAGCAAACAAGAGCAGGGACUGGAUCCCUCAGACCUGCCCCCCACUGCCCGGGCUCUGUGCCCCCCACUCUGCACUCUCAGAUGCGGAGAAGCCCUCCCCUCAUGAGGAACUGACAGCCUGACUUUUGCAUUUCAGCUGCUGGAGGAUGAACAGGUCUACCUCCUGGGGGUCAUCCAGAGCUGCCAGGCAGCUGAGCUCAGGGGGCUACGAUCCCUGAAGUGCUCCAAGCAAGAGACGGCCCAAGCCAUUCUGGUGAGUGAUGGGGGGUGGGGGGAAGGGGUUGUGCAUCUGCGGAGAGGAGGACCCUGCCGGCUUAGGCCAUGGGGUUGCCAUUCCCCUGCAAAGCCAAACCUGGUGUUUGGGGUCGGAGCUGAUUUUCCUCCUCUGUUCUCUUCCAGGACAUCUUGGGGCCCUUGGAGCACUUCAGGCAUCGCCCCCUGACCCUGGCCCUUGCCUUGGAGGCCCUCCUCCAGCUAAGGUGAGUGGGGUCUUUGGCGUGGACGGGGUUGUGGGGGGGGGGCAGAACUCCAGGGGGAAAGAGCAGGCGGGAGGGAGAAGGGGGCAAGGGAGAUUCUAACCCUCUCCCUUUCAUCUCUGCAACACGAUGAGGCCCAGGUUCAGCUGCGAUAUGAUCAGCGUGAUCCUGCGCAGGACGUUGGAGGCCGUGCUGAAAGGGACCGCCGAGGAGGAGGAGAAGAGAGAAGUAUGUCCUUUGUUUUGGCUUCCCUUCACGGCUCUUUCUUCUUCGUCACACACUUGCAGAAUCCAACCCAGCAUUCAAACUUUCUUCUCUCUUUUCCCGCAAGAACUGA